CCCCUGAGCUCUGCCUCUCAGAAUCUUCCUGCCGUCGUGUUCGGAUCUCGCUGCUCCAGCCUCCGGCGCACGUUCCAUUCUUCCAGCUCGCGACCAGCAAAGGAAAAAAGCCCACAUAUUUUCUUGCUCUGUACAUUCCUGGAGGCGAGCAAAAGUAGUUAAUUUUAACCAUGAGGGAAAUCGUGCACAUCCAGGCCGGUCAAUGUGGCAACCAGAUCGGUGCCAAGUUCUGGGAGGUGAUCAGCGAUGAGCACGGCAUCGACCCCACCGGGACCUACCACGGGGACAGUGACCUGCAGCUGGACCGAAUUUCCGUGUACUACAAUGAAGCCACAGGUGGCAAGUACGUUCCUCGCGCUAUUUUGGUGGAUCUGGAACCUGGGACCAUGGACUCUGUUCGCUCUGGUCCUUUUGGCCAGAUCUUCAGACCAGACAACUUUGUUUUUGGUCAGUCUGGGGCAGGCAACAACUGGGCGAAGGGCCACUACACAGAGGGGGCUGAGCUGGUGGACUCAGUCCUGGACGUGGUGCGGAAGGAGGCAGAGAGUUGCGACUGCCUGCAGGGCUUCCAGCUGACCCACUCGCUGGGGGGCGGCACAGGCUCCGGCAUGGGCACCCUGCUUAUCAGCAAGAUCCGCGAGGAGUACCCCGACCGCAUCAUGAACACCUUCAGUGUGGUGCCCUCGCCCAAAGUGUCCGACACCGUGGUCGAGCCCUACAACGCCACCCUCUCCGUGCACCAGCUGGUGGAGAACACCGACGAGACCUACUGCAUUGACAACGAGGCGCUGUACGACAUCUGCUUCCGCACCCUCAAGCUGACCACACCCACCUAUGGGGACCUCAACCACCUCGUCUCUGCCACCAUGAGCGGCGUCACCACCUGCCUGCGCUUCCCCGGCCAGCUCAAUGCCGACCUCCGCAAGCUGGCUGUCAACAUGGUGCCCUUCCCGCGUCUCCACUUCUUCAUGCCUGGCUUUGCGCCCCUCACCAGCCGAGGAAGCCAGCAGUACCGCGCCCUCACGGUGCCUGAGCUCACCCAGCAGGUCUUCGAUGCCAAGAACAUGAUGGCCGCCUGUGACCCGCGCCACGGCCGCUACCUGACCGUGGCUGCCGUCUUCCGGGGCCGCAUGUCCAUGAAGGAGGUGGAUGAGCAGAUGCUGAAUGUGCAGAACAAGAACAGCAGCUACUUCGUGGAGUGGAUCCCCAACAACGUGAAGACGGCCGUGUGCGACAUCCCGCCCCGCGGCCUGAAGAUGGCCGUGACCUUCAUUGGCAACAGCACGGCCAUCCAGGAGCUGUUCAAGCGCAUCUCGGAGCAGUUCACGGCCAUGUUCCGGCGCAAGGCCUUCCUGCACUGGUACACGGGCGAGGGCAUGGACGAGAUGGAGUUCACCGAGGCCGAGAGCAACAUGAACGACCUGGUGUCCGAGUACCAGCAGUACCAGGACGCCACGGCCGAGGAGGAAGAGGAUUUCGGGGAGGAGGCCGAAGAGGAGGCCUAGGCCGGAGUCCCCUCACCUCAGGCCCCUCACCUGCCCCUUACCUUCACCAUUUGUUUGCUGCCUCUUUGUUUUGGGGGUUGUAGAACAGCGCCUGGCACAGAGUAGGCACUCAAUAAAUACUUGUUUGUUGGAUGUCUCCUCUUUCUCUCUGCUCUGGCAGUGCUAGAUUUCUGUCAUUGUAGGUGAGCUUGUAUUUUCUGCUGGCACCCACUUCUCACUGUCCAGUUAAUAUAUCUGACUUCAGAAUAAUUCUCAUUUAGAACCAGCCAGGUGCUGAAAACCCAUAUAACGUCCACCGUCCUGAGACCAAGGGAAAGGUACAGUAGAGGUCAGUACGAGAAGGAUGGCGUUUCCAUUCUGGGGCAGUGUGGGAAGGGGGGAGUCCCCGCUUCCACGUCCAUUUAGUCCCUGUCUCAGCUUCAAGAGGGGUGAACAGUAUUCUCUCCACUUACCUCCCUCUUGGCUGUCCAGAGCUCCCCUUUCCCUUUGGAGGGGAAGCCUGCCGGUGCCCCUAAGCCUCCGGGAAGCCUUCCCAUCCCCAUGGAGCAUGCGAGUCGUGCAAGGUGCACAUGGCCACCUUCCUGUCCGGGUCACUCCCCAGAUGGCCAAGGAAGCCCCCCUCUUUACAUAUCUCAUCUCUUGCUAUUUCCCCCACUCUUGAUUUUUGUCCUGUCCUCCACUCAGAUUUCUAUUUUGUGUUGAACUUGCUUUUUUUCAUAUUGAAAAGACAACAUUGCCCCAAGAGCCAAAAAUAAAUGGGAAUUCAAAAAA